AUGAAAGUUAUGAACGGCGUCAUAAAGGACAACGACACUGACGAAGAUGAACGGUCGUUCACAUACGACGGAAGUCCAGAAGAUGAAGCUUGGCUAAUCAGCAGAAUUCUAUUCUUGUGGCAGAAUAAACUCUUCAAGCGAGCGUCCGUCAUGUUCAAGAGGGGUGAGGGAUUGCAACAAGAAGAUCUGUUGCCCUUACCUCCAAGAGAUCGAGGAGAGGUGAUUAUUAAGAAAUUUGAAGAAUCCUGGGACAAUAGCGACGCUGCGACAGGCGGAAGCGGAAAGAAAUUGACUAAUGACGAAGAUAUCAAGGCUGGAGCACCAAAACUUAAGAAGACCAUUGCGCAUAUUCUGGGAUGGAGAUUUGUCUUUGCAGGUUUUAUCAAAGCUGUCAACACGGCAUUACAGUUUGGCUUUCCUCUUCUGCUGAAUGGGAUUUUGGAGUUUAUUGAAGAUUAUCAAAAGGGAUUGAUUCCGGACACGGAACCAUGGCAUAUCAAGUAUCGGGGAUACUGGUUGGCUGCAGUACUGUUUGUCGCCAUGGGCAGCAAGGCCUUGACUGAGAACAACUACUUUCAUAUUGUCAACCGUGGUUCCUUCCAUGUCAAAUCUGCGAUUUCGAUCGCUGUCUACAACAAAAGUUUGAGAUUGAGUAAUGUCGAACGCCAAACAACCACUUUGGGAGAGCUUGUCAAUCUCAUGCAAGUCGAUGCCUCAAAGAUUGAAGUAUUCAUUCCACAAAUUCAUGUUCUAUGGGAUGGCAUGUUUCAGAUUAUCGGUUACAUGAGUAUUCUUUAUUUCUUGAUCGGACCCGCAUGCUUUGCUGGUCUUUUGGUGAUGAUCUUGGCGGGUCCAGUGCAGGGAGUGGUCAUGAAGAAGCUCUUUGGAAUGAAUAGACUUAUCGUCAAGCACACAGAUGCCAGGGUGGAAUCUGUCAACGAGGCCUUGCAAGGCAUCCAGGGAGUGAAAAUGUACACAUGGGAAGCAAAUGUCCUGAAGCGCAUUGAAGGUUACCGCAAUGAAGAGUUGAAACAUUUGAAAUCUGCUGCGUACCUAAAGGGUUUCUCACGUGCUUACAUGGGAGCUUUACCCGGAGUGGUGGCUGUGGUUUCCUUCUUGGUAUACUCGCUUACGGAAGAUGCUGACAUUUCUGCCUCAAAAUUGUUCGCCUCCAUUGUUGCAUUUGAUCAACUUCGUUUCCCACUCAUGUUCUAUCCUAUGGCGCUUGCACAGCUAGUACAGGCGCAAGUGAGUGCUGCCAGAUUGGAAAUCUUUCUCAGCAUGGGUGAGAUUGCUCUUAACGGCGCUACUGGAAAUGGAACAUACAAUCGAGAGCGAUGCAGCAAAGGAGGCGUGACGAUCAAGGACGCCGAAGUCUACUGGGGUGACCCAGAAGUUCCUUUGGCAUCCACUGGGAAUCGAAACGAAUCGGGGGCCGACGAUACUACCGAGAAGAGUCUUGGAGCACCUUUAGACGACGAUGCUUCCGUAUCCACGGCCACGGCCAGGGAUGAUACUGGAAAGGCGCUUUCCGACGAUGAGAAUGUUCUACAAUACCCUAAGGCAGCGUUGAAGAAUCUCAACCUCACCAUUGGUCACGGUGAGCUUUGUGCAGUUGUUGGCCGAGUGGCAAGUGGAAAAAGUACUCUUUGUUCGGCUGUCCUCAAUGAGACCUUUUUGGCCAAGGGAAAUAUCAGUUUGCAAGGCGAAGUUGCAUUCGCGGCACAGUCGCCAUGGAUCCUUAAUGCUACAGUCAGAGAGAACAUCUUGUUUGGAAAGCCAAUGGAUGAAGAUCGUUACAAUCGCGUCAUCAGGGCGUGCCAAUUGGAGCACGAUUUGACACUGUUGGAGGACGGGGAUCUUACUGACAUUGGAGAGAAGGGCAUCAACCUGAGCGGAGGGCAAAAGGCUCGUGUUAGUGUUGCCCGCGCAGCCUAUGCGGAUGCGGACGUUGUCAUCUUAGAUGAUCCCCUGUCGGCCUUGGAUCCUGAAGUUGCGGCUGCCUUAUUCAAUGAUUGUAUUGUGGGGGAUUUGAUGGCUGGAAAGACGAGACUCCUAGUUACAAAUCAAUUGCAAUUUCUCACUCAAUGCGACCACGUCGUUGUCUUGAAGAAGGGUGAAGUGAUGGAAGAUGGAACAGCCCCAGAACUACUCGCGAACAAAGAGAGUGAAAUGAAUCGUCUUUUGGCUAAACUUGCUGGCAAAUCUUCCAAGAGGGUGGAUAAGGAAGCAAAACCAAUGGAAGUCGAAGGCGACAGGAAAUCCUCUGUAGCUACUUCGAAGCUAACAAAGUUGUUGACCAAGGAAGAACGCAAUGUUGGGGCAGUCCAAACUUCAGUGUACCUCAAGUACAUCAAGGCGGGUGGCGGUUAUGGUCGCUUUGCGUUUGUCUACGUUGCCUACGUCUUCACUGCAGCAAACAAUGCCGCCAGUGUGUCAUGGGUGUCCUAUUGGACUUCAGAUCCAAACUACGACCGUCACUCGAGGGAGUUUUACCUGGGAAUGUACUUCUUACUGGCUGUCACACUUGGUAUUUUCACAUUUAUGCGAUCUUAUCUUCUAGCCUAUUUCGGUGUCAAGGCAAGCGAGAGGCUUCACAACGACCUUCUCAAAUCUAUCUUGCGUGCUCCUAUGUCUUUUUUCGACACUACCCCGAUGGGAAGAAUUCUAUCCAGAUUCAGCAAGGAUGUGUACUCGGUGGACUUGGAGUUGGGCGACUCGAUUGAUUUUGUGAUUUUCUGUACCUUGACAAUCGUUGUUUCUUUGGUAUCGAUAAUUGUCAUUACCCCUUGGUUUGGAGUUGCAGUUAUUCCGCUUGGAUUCAUUUAUUUCCAGUAUCUUCAGUAUUUUCGUGCGGUCAGUCGCGAAACAAAGAGGCUUGACAGUAUCUCUCGAUCUCCUGUUUAUGCUCAGUUUUCAGAGACUCUUGGAGGACUGUCUACCAUUCGGGCGUACGGCGAACCUGAUCGAUUCAAGAGCGAGUUUGAGGGCAAAGUCAACACCAACACUCAAGCACUGUACAACAACAAGUCUGCAGAUCGGUGGUUGUCUACCAGAUUGGAAUUGCUCGGAUCAACCAUUGCUGGAAUUACCGCUGUGUUGGCCGUCAACCUUGUCAUCUCGAAUUCUGGUGGUGGCGUUGGUGGAGGAGCCCCCGUGGCAUCACUUGCUGGCCUUUCUCUGACCUAUGCCAUUUCAGUUACAAGUCUACUGCAGUGGACGGUUCGUACGUUUUCGAACAUGGAAAAUGCCAUGAAUGCAACUGAAAGAAUGUUAUACUACACGGAAGAGACACCAGAAGAAGCACCUUUCACUGCAGACGAGAUUAAUGACAAAAAACGCUACUCUCGCGAUUCCGAAGAGAAAAAGCCAUACACUGUUGCGACUAAUUCUGCUGGUGGAAAAACGGAGACUCUUCCCUCCGAUUGGCCGCAGACUGGAGGUAUUGAUAUCCAGGAUCUACACAUGAAGUACCGCAAAGACACUCCAAUGGUCUUGAAGGGUCUCAAUGUCAGUAUCAAGGGAGGAGAACGUGUUGGAGUUGUUGGGCGUACCGGUUCUGGAAAGAGUUCGCUAUUGCUCUCGCUGCUUCGACUUGUGGAGCCAAAUUUGGACGAAUUGAAAGGGGACUACAAGAGUCCUAUCACCAUUGACGGAGUUGACAUUUUGCGUAUUGGCUUGACAGAUCUUCGUUCAAAACUCGGGAUCAUUCCUCAGAAUCCAGUACUUUUCUCGGGGACAAUCAAGAUCAACAUGGACCCUUUUGGUGAAUACGCAACAGAGGAAAUUUGGAAAGCUUUGGAGCAAUGUGGCAUGAAAGAGUCCGUCGAAGAGAUGCCGGGACAGCUUGAAGCAGCUGUUGCCGAGGGUGGUCAAAACUUGAGUAAUGGAAUGAGACAGAUGCUAGUUUUAGGAAGGGCUUUAUUGAGACAAAAUAAGAUCUUGUUUCUCGAUGAAGCAACUGCAAGUGUGGACAUUGAAACCGACAGAGAGAUUCAACGAACACUUCGGGAAGCAUUCAACGGCUGCACUGUCCUCACUAUUGCGCAUCGGAUCAACACAAUCAUGGAUAGCGACAAGAUAUUGGUGUUGAAGGAUGGUCGUGCUGUAGAGUUCGAUGCGCCUGAUGAAUUGUUGAAGGACGAAAAUUCCAUAUUUUCCGAAAUUGUUCGUCAUGCACAAUCGGAAGAAGAGGGUGAACAAUAG